CAAGUCGGAGGCAGUAAGAUGGCGGCUGCUGAAGAAGGUUGCGGUGUUGGGGUCGAAGCCGACCGGGAACUGGAGGAGCUUCUGGAAAGUGCUCUUGAUGAUUUCGAUAAAGCCAAACCCUCCCCAGAACACCCUCCUACCAUCUCGGCUCCUGAUGCUUCAGGACCCCAGAAGAGAUCGCCAGGAGAUACUGCCAAAGAUGCUCUCUUCGCCUCCCAAGAGAAAUUUUUCCAGGAAUUGUUUGACAGUGAGCUGGCUUCUCAAGCUACUGCGGAGUUUGAGAAGGCAAUGAAGGAGCUGGCUGAGGAAGAGCCCCAUCUGGUGGAGCAGUUCCAGAAGCUCUCAGAGGCAGCUGGGAGAGUGGGCAGUGAUGCAAGUUCUCAACAAGAGUUUACUUCUUGCCUAAAGGAGACGUUAAGUGGGCUAGCCAAAAACGCCACUGAGCUUCAGAACUCUGGCAUGUCUGAAGAGGAACUGAUGAAAGCCAUGGAAGGGCUGGGCAUGGAUGAGGGGGAUGGGGAAGCAAGCAUUCUCCCCAUCAUGCAGAGCAUCAUGCAGAACCUCCUGUCUAAGGAUGUGCUGUAUCCAUCCCUGAAGGAGAUCACAGAAAAGUAUCCAGAAUGGUUACAGAGUCACCAGGAAUCUACUCCUCCAGACCAGUUUGAGAAGUAUCAGCAGCAGCACAGUGUCAUGGGCAAAAUCUGCGAGCAGUUUGAGGCAGAGACGCCCACAGACAGCGAGGCCACUCAGAGGGCUCGCUUUGAGGCAAUGCUAGAUCUUAUGCAGCAGUUACAGGCCUUGGGCCAUCCUCCAAAAGAACUGGCCGGGGAGAUGCCUCCUGGCCUCAACUUUGACCUGGAUGCCCUCAAUCUAUCGGGCCCCCCAGGUCCUAAUGGCGAACAGUGUCUGAUCAUGUGAAAUACAACACGGUUUCCUCCCUGAGCCCCAGCCGUGGGGACCAUCUGGAGUCAGCAGAGUCACUGGGAACUGAGGCAGGAGUAUCAUCUGUAGGAGCUGGCUGCCCCACCCACACUCUCCAUCCCAUUCAAGACUGUGCCAUACCAGCUGAGUCUACUCCAUCAGGGUUUCUGCUAUUAGAAACAGGCCAAUUAUCUGCCAGGUGAAGGAAGGCAUCCCUUGUGGGGCAUUUCAUUUCUUCCCACUCCCCAAAUAAUGUUGCAUAUGGCAGGACUCAUGUUCCCCUUGAUUCCCAGGGACGCCGUGCCUUGUUUCUCUUCCUUCUCUUGUGUCUGGGGAGCAGGAGCCGAGUUCUAAGACUCUGUGCUUCUAUUAGGCAGGGCCUCUGGGAAUGAGGAGAAACGUCGCCUGGGCUGGGGCUGGAGGCUUGUCACCCCAUAUCCUUGCCUUCCUUUGGAAUUCUCUUAAGGGAAAGGAAUUUUGCACUUAGCCUUGGUUGGGUUGAAAGCAAAGCCUUGGGCUUUUCCUGUCCCUGGGUGCUGAGCCCCAAUUCCCCUUUCCUCCUGAGAACUCAAGUUGCUACCCUGGUUCUUUCUACAGCUCUGUGAUUUAGGGCGAGCCAACUCUUGACCUUCCUUUGCUCCCUGACUCUCCUUACCUCCUCUCUUUUUAGAGUCUUAUUUAUUCUGCCCUUUUAACCAGUGCUGUGAUGGAUGAAGGCCAAUCUUGUUUCCUUUCAUCUAGUACCUGGACCAUUCUCCCUAGACCCUUCCCUUCCUCCCUGGCCAAUACAUACUUGUAGUGUCAGAUCUGGUACAUGAAUGGCCAUUCUACCCAGAUAGGUUUUGGCUCAUAUAGGACAUCAGAUUUCCUGGAAUCCUUGGUUCAGGAGGUGCUUGGGAAAGGGGUGUAGCCAGAAUAUUUUUUUUCCUGCAAGCCCUAUGGGGCAGUAUCUAAUAAAUAUUCUGAGCAAG